CUUCAAUCCAGCCAGCGGGAUAUAGUGUAGUAAACAGUUACACUAUACACCAGGUCAUUAGUUUGUUCUGUCCUCCACUCACUCGUCAUGUUCUGGUCCAACUCCAAGUCUCGCUCAACGCAACCAUCCUGCGCCGCCACGAAAGCUGAUAUUGAGCCGUCCGUGUCGUUUAUUGAGAACUCCGACAGCCCAAGCCAAUACAAGCCAGCGCCAACCACCACUGAAAACAACGCUUUACCUUUCAUUGAAGCAGAGACUAUCGCGGAUGCCUGCCGUAACGGUCACCUAUGGGUCAUAAUAGACGACAUUAUCUACGACUGCACAGAUUUUGUGCACAACCAUCCUGGGGGUGAUCGUGUUAUCGAAUCAUUUAGGGGCAGCAAUUGCACCUGGCAGUUCUGGAGGUUUCACAGUCAGAAGGAUCUGACCGAGUUUGGUAGAUCGAUUCGCGUAGGGCGGACUAAAGGGAUCAAGAACAAGUUCAGGGAACCCCCGAGAUUUGUUGGACUUCGGAAGUUUUGGAGCUCGGACAAUUAGGCACCUUUAAAUUCGAGAAUACUUCAAAAACAAUGAGGACGCCGAUGCAAACAAAGAAAUAUGAGAUCGAA